CGCAAACGUCACAACGACCGCUCGCCACUUGAAAAUUCAUCUGCAGUCUUGAAUUUUUGGGUUACGAACUCCGAACUCAUUCCAGUUUGUUCUGUUGAUGUCAACAGUUCCAGCAUCGCGAUUGAUUAAUGAAUGAAGUAAUCAUGAUAUAAAUUUUCGUAUUGAGUGGAUUAGUUAUUCGUGUGGUUAGCGCAGCUGGUAGAAACCAGAGUCGGGAGUUCAUUUAGAUAACAAUGAAGUUACUACUGUCAAUCGUUCUGGUGUGCACGUCGUCAUGUGUCAUUGGGAGUGAGCUGGAUUACGAUGGUUGGUUACAACUCCGUCUGUACCAUGCAUUGAACGAUGACCCAGUCCCUCAUUUCACUGAGAGAGGUAAUAUAACAGUAACAAGCAUACGGACAGGUGCCUCGACAAUAGGCCAAAUGGGCCUUCAACCAUCACAAAUGAAUAGUUUGAAGAGACUCGCACAAAAUGCCAGGCAUUAUCGAUUAAAAGCGGUGAUUAAAGGGUCAUCAGGUGCUGAGACAACUCUCUAUACAUCAGUACCAGCGUGCCAUUUGUUGGGAACUGAACUUGAGGACAUUAUCACGAUCUGGCUGGAUCCCGGAGCAGAGCCAGUGUCAAUAACUCAGGUGUCACCAGGCCCAUGCAGUCUUGAUACACCCACGACCGAAAUGUGGACGAGCAGUGUUCAAGUGCGAUAUCCUGAUGGAGGACCUGUGCCUGAUACUGCCUCAUAUAUUUAUAAGUUGGAACGUGAGAAGGAAGCCAGGGAGAGAGGAGAAACCAAAGACAAUAGAUCAUUCCUUGCUAAAUAUUGGAUGUACAUAGUUCCUGCCCUAAUCUUCGUUGUUCUGUCAUCCGCAACCAAUCCAGAAGCAGGUGGAGCUGGCAAUGGCGGCCAGAGGCAACAAUAAAUUCUAUCCAAUUAGAAAAACAAUUUUAAUAAAUUUUUCCUCUAUCAUUUCAUUAUAUUCAUUCUCUUCAUCAAUGAAAUGUAUUUCUAACGAAUUCUGUCAAUAAAUUUUUCAACAUUA